UGAAAUCAUCCCUUUGGAGCGAGGUCCAAGUGCUAAGGUCCUACAGCCUAUAAAUAGCUAAUCAUCUUUGUGCCAGCCAUCCCACUAUCGUGAAUCCAACUUCUGAUUGUCGGACGCAAAAGGCCUGAGACAUCAUCAUAUGAAGACUGUGAAGACAAUCUCAAUUAUGAAUGGUACCGCUGCUGGGCUCCUUCUGCAGAGCAUCUGAAAUGAACCUCUCUUAUUGAUUGUUUUUAUUGGCCUAGAAUCAGGAGUACUGGAUUUAGUUGACUUCAGGGUAAAAAGAAAACAGUCCUGGUUAUCAUCACAAACAUAUGAACCAGUGUGAUGGUGAAAUGAGAUGAGGCUCCGAAAUGGAACUGUAGCCACUGCUUUAGCAUUUAUCACUUCGUUCCUUACUUUAUCUUGGUAUACUACAUGGCAAAAUGGGAAAGAAAAACUUAUUGCUUAUCAACGAGAAUUUCUUGCUUUGAAAGAACGUCUUCGAAUAGCUGAGCAUAGAAUCUCUCAGCGCUCUUCUGAAUUAAAUACCAUUGUGCAACAGUUCAGGCGUGUAGGAGCCGAAACAAAUGGAAGUAAGGCUACAGUGAAUAAAUUUUCAGAUAAUACCCUAAAGCUACUAAAGGAGUUAACAAGCAAAAAAUCUCUUCAAGUGCCAAGUAUUUAUUAUCAUUUGCCCCAUUUAUUGCAAAAUGAAGGAAGCCUUCAACCUGCUGUGCAGAUUGGCAAUGGAAGAACAGGAGUUUCAAUAGUAAUGGGAAUUCCCACAGUGAAGAGAGAAGUUAAAUCAUACCUCAUAGAAACUCUUCAUUCCCUUAUUGAUAAUUUGUAUCCUGAAGAGAAGAUGGACUGUGUUAUAGUAGUCUUCAUAGGAGAGACAGAUGCUGAUUACGUACAUGGUGUUGUUGCCAACCUGGAGAAAGAAUUUUCUAAAGAAAUCAGUUCUGGCCUGGUGGAAGUAAUAUCACCUCCUGAAAGCUACUAUCCUGACUUGACAAACUUGAAGGAGACAUUUGGAGAUUCUAAAGAAAGAGUAAGGUGGAGAACAAAGCAAAACCUGGAUUAUUGUUUUCUAAUGAUGUAUGCUCAGGAAAAGGGCAUCUAUUAUAUUCAGCUUGAAGAUGACAUCGUUGUCAAACAGAAUUAUUUUAAUAUUAUAAAAAAUUUUGCACUUCAACUUUCUUCUGAGGAAUGGAUGAUUCUAGAGUUUUCCCAGCUUGGCUUCAUUGGUAAAAUGUUUCAAGCUCCAGACCUCACUCUGAUUGUAGAAUUCAUAUUCAUGUUCUAUAAGGAGAAACCCAUCGAUUGGCUCUUGGAUCAUAUUCUCUGGGUGAAAGUCUGCAACCCUGAAAAAGAUGCAAAACAUUGUGAUAGACAAAAAGCAAAUCUGCGAAUUCGCUUCAAGCCUUCCCUUUUCCAACAUGUUGGUCUGCAUUCGUCGCUAUCAGGAAAAAUUCAGAAACUCACGGAUAAGGAUUACAUGAAACCAUUACUUCUUAAAAUCCAUGUAAACCCCCCUGCAGAGGUAUCCACUUCCUUAAAGGUCUACCAAGGACACACACUGGAGAAGACUUACAUGGGGGAGGAUUUCUUCUGGGCCAUCACCCCAGUCGCCGGAGACUACAUCUUAUUUAAAUUUGACAAGCCAGUCAAUGUAGAAAGUUACUUGUUCCAUAGUGGCAACCAAGAACAUCCAGGAGACAUUCUGCUCAAUACAACUGUGGAGGUUUUGCCUUUUAAGAGUGAAGGUUUGGAAAUAAGCAAGGAAACCAAAGACAAACGAUUAGAAGAUGGCUAUUUCAGAAUAGGAAAAUUUGAGAAUGGUGUUGCAGAAGGAAUGGUGGAUCCUAGUCUAAAUCCCAUUUCAACCUUUCGACUUUCAGUUAUUCAGAAUUCUGCUGUUUGGGCCAUUCUUAAUGAGAUUCAUAUUAAAAAAGCCACCAACUGAUCAUCUAAGAAAUCAACAUUUUUUUCUAGUGAAUUUAUUGAUUAAAGAUAGUUAAGCAUGUCUUUUUUUUUUUUUUUACUUGAACACUACCUCUUGUGAAAUCUACUGUAGAUAAGAUGAUUGUCAUUUCCACUUGGAAAGUGAAUCUCCCAUGAUAAUUGCAUUCAUUUGAAACUACGCUGUCCUCCGAUUUUAACUUGACUCAAACAUUUUACAAUUAUGACAGCCUGUUAAUAUGACUUGUACUAUUUUGGUAUUAUACUAAUACAUAAGAGUUGUACAUAUUGUUACAUUCCUUAAAUUUGAGAAAAACUAAUGUUAAAUACAUUUUAUGAAGGGGGUACUUUUGAGGUUCACUUAUUUUACUAUUAUAGACCCUCUUUUAUAGAUUAUCAGGGAUUAUAUAUAUAAAUAUAUAAAUAUACAUAAAAAUGUUAUGAAGUUAAUUUAUUAGAAACACUUAAGAAGUACAUAUUUUUGUGCAGUAAAUUUUUGAAUUGAUACAUUUUUUGAAAACCAAUUAACUUGCUUUUUUAAGUUCUUUCUAUCUUUUUCUUUGGAAAAUGCAGACAUUACAAAUCAAUGCCAUUUUUCAAAUGCACUGCCAUUUAAGAUUGAUUAUAGAUGGAUUUCUUAACUGAAGUACUUUUAUAAUCACAGUGAUUCUGAACAAAAUAUUUUCAAAGACAUUUGUCAUUCCUUAAAGCCAAGAUUUUAAAGACCAAUGUCCUUCUUGGGGGUUAUUUUACUAUACUGUGUAUGGUGUAUAGCCACGAAAAAUCAGUCUGAUAAAUUUCAAUGUGCAAGUGUGAUGCAUUCAACUUGAAUUAUUGUAAACUUAAGUCAUUACAUUUCCUCUGAUGUGUAAAAUGACAAACUCUUCUUUCCUUUUUAAUCAUUGUCUUUAACUCAUGAGUUAGAUGCAUUAUCUCUUGUUGAUUCUUUUAUAUCUGCACUCAUUUUAUGAGUUCUGACAAAAUGUUUUCUAGGUGAUAUUAUUGUGUUAAGUCAUCAUUGGUACAAUUUUAAAGAAAAAUUGUAAUACUGUUUUGGGCGAAAGGUAUUGUAGCAGUCAUAUAUUUUUCCAAAAUGAUUUAUUCUAUUGCAUUAUGAACUUAUAAGUAAAUUCCAUGUCCAAAAGUAUGUUUAGUAUUCUUAAACAUGCAAUUCCAAAUAAUGUUACUUCUACAAACAAAGAAUGUUAUCCGCCUCAGCAAUCAGUGAUCUUUAUAAAAGUACUUUAAAAUAAUGAUGAAUUAUCAACUUCAGUUCCAGCCAGUCUAGUCUGACACGCUGGUGUGCCUCAGGUGGGUUGUGUGUUGGUUACAGAUGUGCAGAGUUUGGUUCCCCUGAGCUUUCCAGGGCCUCAGGUGGGGAGGAGGUUCUAGCUGGUUGCCUAAAGCAUGGAGGAGCUUCAGCUGCUUGGCCAGUGUGCUGGACAAAUUGCAUCAAACAGCAGUAUUUUCUGUGCAGUGUCAUGAAGUGGAAAAGGUUGGGAAACACUGAUAUACUACAAUUAUUUCCAUCAGUCCACAUUGUAAUAAUUUUUAGUUACUUUUCUUGAUUGAAAAGUCAAUCAUGUUGCCGAUAAUGAUUUUUAUGUCAAAGUCCAGUUGAAAUUUUUUAUUAGGGUUUUUUCGAUAUAAUUUUCAUGUUCUUGAAUUUACUUUUUAUUUUCUUCUCAAAUUAUUUUGGCCAAGUACCCACAAGCAAAUUUCAUUCAAGAAGAGGUAUAUCCUUUUCAUUGUGUAAAACAUAGUAACUGGUUUAGCAUACUAAGGUUACUGCUAAAAUGACUGAGUAACAGAAGAUAAAAAUCUGUACAGAUGGGUUUAGGAGUCCCCUUGGGUCCCUUGUUCCUUAGUUGCCAACUCCGGUGUCAGGAAGAAAGGCCAUGCUCUGAAAAUCUAGGGAGGAGAAAGUUAUAGCAGCUCCUGGUGCCAUUUGUUUUGGCCUCUAAAGAUGCUCAGACUGUCUAGCCAGCUGCUUCCUGCUUUCUUGUGGUCUCCUUGCCCAGGCUUUUCUCAUCCCUCCUGUUCGUAAGAAUCCUUUUAGCCAGAUCUUUCCCAUCAUUCCAGGCCUUUCUUGUGUUCUCUUCCCCUUGAAUUUAUCAGUGCUUAGGAUGUGCCUGGCACAUGGCAGGUGGCCAGUCAGUGUCUGGAUGAGGGGACCAGCUGUUCCAGCCCACCCUCCUCUUUGUCUUUCUUAUUGCCUUUCUCUGUUGUCCUUGCUGCAUGCUUCUAUACAGACUCAACUGUCUAGUUUUUGCUUGUUUCUGGGGUACAUUUCUAUGUGGGCUGUGUGUUAUCUUUCUGACCAAAGUUCAAGCUCCUGAGGCACACCCACAGUUCAUACUUUUGUCGUCUGAUGCAGCAGGUGCUCAUGGGAUGUCAUGGUUAGUUGCUCCCUCCUUUUUGCCCAGUUCUACACUAGUCAAGGAGAGGAAGCCGUGCUGUCCCCACGCAAGAAACUGGACUGGGAGCAGUGUUAGGGUAGAAGAUUGGAGGAGGUGCAGAGUGCCUGGAAGUGAAAGAAGGUAAAUUCUUGACCUUGAGAGGGCACUGAGCCACUUGACCAGUGUCAAAUUUUGGGACUUAUUUUACACACAUGCACACACACAUAUAAAUUGGAGCAUGGUUUGGUUUGUCAUCUGGUGUAUAUUUCACAUAACCUGUUAGGCUUUUGAGCUGUGCUGGCCUAUAUAGUAGCCACUAACCACAUGGGGCUAUUUAAAUUAAUUUUAAAAAUUCAGCUCUGCAGUCACACUAGCUGCAGUUGAAGUGCUUAAUGGUUAUGUGUGGCUAGUGGCCACCACACUGGACACCACAGGUACAGAACAUUUUCGUCAUUACAGAAAGUUCUGUUGGGAAGUACUGUGUCAAGAGUGCUAAUGUGAACAUUUAGAAACCAGAAUUAAUGAAUUCUCAUGAGGUUAAUAGCAAAUGUGAAUAUAUCAUAAUGCAAAUAUAUGUGGGAAAGAAGAGAAAGUUGAGGACCUAUUUCUAGGAUUUUAUGAUUUCUAAGUUCUUUAUUACAAUCUUAUUGCAUUUUCCACAGCAUGCAUUGUAUUGUACUAUGUAGUCAAAAAAGAUAGUGUGAUUGAAAAGCUUUGGGAAAAGUUUAGUGCAAAUGGAUUAUUUAGCACAUAGGCUAUAGACAUGUAUGUGUAUAUUAAUUUAACCAUUGGAGAUGUCUCUGAACAAGGUAUAGCUUUUUCAAAUUAGUGGUUGCACAAAUAAAUAAUUAAAAAUUAUGGUUAUUUUAAAAACCAUAAGCAAAGUUAUGAAAGCUUCUUUUAAAUCUGUUAUAAUAAUGAAAAAAAUUGCCAACAAUUCUAUCCCUCAAAAGUUUGGUUAUGUGGAAACAGCAUGUUUGCAGAGAUUGUUCUAAUGAAUAGCAGUAUAUGUGUGGUAGGCAGAAUUCUAAAAAUGACCCCCAACCCUGUACUGCCCCCACCAAUGACCUUGUAUAAUAUCCUCCCCUUUGAGUGUGGGUGGAACUUGUAUAAUCCAUGAUUAUAUCACAUUAUAGAGCAAAAGGAAGAUUAUCUGGGAGUGUCUAAUCAAAUCUUGUGGGACCAUUAAAAGCAAGAGUUUUCUCAGGCUGGUAGCAGAAGUCAGAGACUCAAAGCAGAAGGACUCAAGGCACCACUGCUGUUUUAAGGUAGAAGGGGCCACAUGAGAAGGAAUAUAGGUGGCCUUAAGUAGGAGCUGAGAGAGGCAAAAUGGGAACUGCAGUCCUACAGCCACAGGAACUGAAUUCAGCCCACAAAGGUCAUUCAUGGGCUUGGAAAUGCAUCUCCAGAUAAGACCCAGCCUGACCAACACCUCGAUUCCAGCUUUGUGAGACCCUAAGCAGAGAACACAGUUAAGCCUGCUUGGACUUCUGACCUACGGAACUAAUAAAUAAAUAGAGUUGUGUUUUAAGCUGCUCAAUUUGUUAUGCAGUGAUAGAAAAUGAAUGUAAUAUUUAAAAGAGAUAGAGGAAGUCUUCAUACUUGAUUCCUUUCAUAUGUUGGAUAUUUCUUGGUAAAUGCACAAAUAAAGUCUUUACUAGCAAAUCAUAUAUCUGGGCCUCAUCUGGGAUGUGCUCUGCCAGAGAUCUUAAAUAGUCUUCACUGGAAAUAUGUCGGCAAAGUUGCAGCAUCUUAGUAGCACUUUGUAAAGGAACUGCUAGAAUGAAAUUGUACGAAUAGGAUCAAAACAGUGUAUAAGGAAUCUUUUUUUUUUUUUUUUUUUUUUGGUGUUACCUUAUACCAAUCCAGGCUGCUCUGAGCCUGUCAAGAAUAUAUUAAAGAAUGAUAAACAGUGGUAUUAGAUACAACAUUAAGAAAACAAAACUUAUGCCUUUAUGUAAACAUCAGAUAAUCUACUCUGUACUGACAGACUUAAUUUUCUUCUAGACUAAAACUUAAUCAUCUAACACAGAUCAGAUCCUAUGUGGGCCAACUAAAUUUUUAUUACUUAAAGAGUAUUUUCCCCAAAUACCUCUCUGCAUCCAAGCCAUUACUUGCUAAUGUUUAUUUUGGUUUAUCCUUUAAUUUUUGUGCUUAUUUUUAUAUACUGCUAUGGCCUUGAUUGAUGUAAGACCAAGUAGAGCUAAAGGAAGAAAAAUAAGGCUACAGACUAAAAAUAUGGGAAAUUUGAGUCAUAAUCAUAUCUUAGUGUUAUAAGAGAACUUAGAUAUCCAAUCCCUUUAUAGAAAAGGAAACUUUUCCAAGCUAUGUAGCAAUAUUUAUAGUGUGUAAAAUUUAGUUUGAUAGUUGUGAAAUUUUAUAAAUUAUUAAUCUUAGAUAUAUGCUAUGAUAACUAGUAUGCUUUCUUUAAUGCAUGUGAACAUACAAUGCUAAAAUAAAAAGACAAUAUUAUUUAAAAAGAAACCAAACCAAGGAUUUUGUUAUAUAUCUCCAUAUCAUCGAUACCUAUAUGUUAAUUCUUUUUUUUUUUUUUCACCCGAAACACUCACUUCACCAGUUCAGGCACUAAAUAGGUCGUUUUCAAAGGAACAAACAGGAAGGAGUGAGCUGGCACUCCACUGUGCAUGUGAGCUGAGAAUUUAGAAGACAGUGUUCUAGAAAGUAAACUGAGUGUUGAAGGGAAGCACUUUGUGUCAUUCCCACUGUUAACAUUGCAGUAAAAAUGUAAAAUAUAGUGGUGCUAAAUUUGUCCUAAAAUAAGGCUUGUUUGUUGUGGGGAAUAUUUUAAUACUCGCCAUUAGGAAGGCUAUUUUAUGUAUUACUCGCUCCUGGCUGUUUCACUGUAUUAGUAAUUACUAAACUGUCCUAGAAUCAAAGGUUUGGUACAUUAGCUUGGUUGGCAUUCCAUUCUUUAUUUGAAAUGCUCAGUGUUUGCUCAAAUCUGGUGAAAAUAUCUUUUGAAGGCAUAUUCUCUGAGCCUUAAAAAUGGCUGAUAUCGACAGUACUGUAAGAUGCACUGCCAGCAGAUUUGAUACUUUUUAUUUCAGUAUAGACAGUAGUAUUUUCUAAGAAAGAUUUUAGAGAUCAGCCUAAGUGUAACAAUUGUGUUUCAUUCAUGGAAUAAAAAACUAAAGCGUGUCUCAUUCAGAACACUUUGGAAAGGUUGUCUUUGCAUUUAGGGUUGUUUCUGGAAGCAUCUCAUGGAGAAGCUGAGGAAUCUCUGCCAGGUUGUACCAGAGUGUUUUUCUUCUUAAAUGUAUUGUACAUAUUUUCCUUAAAAUGUCUUCAUUAGUUGAAUAGUUAAUAUCUGUAGUAAUAUUUUAGGUAUCUGUCAGAUUUUUAAAGAAAAAGAUUAUUUAUUUUCAGAUUUGCUGCUAUAAUUGAAAACCCAAUAACUGGUCUUGUUGAUUGUGCCUUUCAUCACUGUUUCUCUGUGCCACAGCUGUUCAUGUGUAUUUGAAAUAAAGAAGUUUCAAAAGCCA